UAUAUACCGGAGAGACAACACGGCCAUUAGAUGGCUUUGACGAAACAACUCCAAGAUCAAGAUUGAAACCAAACAUUUUUAGCAUUUGUUAUUAAAUCUUCAAAGCAUGUAUUUAUCGAAUAAAUCAAAACAAGGCAAAAGUUUGUAUACCAAGGAGGUGAGCAAUGCCAGGACAAGGUUAGAUGCAACAUUACAAUCUCUGGUUGAUAGGAAAGACGACAGCUUUGAAAGCACUGCUGAGAGUGAUGAUGAUCCAGAUAUUCCUUUACCAGUCACUGUCCAGGUAGUACGUAGUAGCGGGUCUCCAGCAGCAUCACCAGUAAAGCGGCUCAUGUCCUCAAGUUCACAGAGACCGAAAAAGAGAAAGCGGAAACAUGACAGUAUUGAUGCUACAGAUGCUAGCUCAAAAUACCAUCAUACCACUUACAUUAUGAAGUUGUUUGACCGAAGUGUUGAUCUGGCCCAGUUUAAUGAGAAAACACCACUCUAUCCUAUUGCUCGUGCAUGGAUGAAAGACAAUACAAUUGAAGAUGGGGAAUCCUCACAAGGGGAAAAUAGUGCUGACGAAAAGGAUGACCCAAGUAAUGUGUUUAAGAUGCCUACACCAAUCAAGUUAAAGUUUGAGAGAGGUAUAGGGUACCAGGAUACAAGAAUACCCCCACCUUUACUCAGCAGUGAUCCUCCAUUAGAUAUUCAUAAGGAUCCGGAUCUUGGUCCUGCACCAGAAGAGCUUUUGCUACGUCACAUGGCAAGAUGGAAGAAUAUUCGGCAGUCAUGGAUUAAUGCUGCAAGAAUAAAUGAACUUAAAUACAACAACAGUAUGGUUAUACUGAAAGACAUGUUUGAAAGAAAUCUUCAGUCACAAGAACCUUCACAGGAAUAGUCAGUGUAAUUAAUCACAUAGUUGUGACAGAGUUGCUGCAUUACACUAACCAUAGCUAUUUCUACAUGACUACAAUAUGGAAAAUUUUGUUAUGUACUGUAAACCUAGAAACAUUUGUAAACACUGUUUCAUGUUUUUAGCUCACCUGAGCACAAGGUGCUUGGGGUGAGCUAUUGUGAUUACUCAACGUCCAGUGCACAUCUGUCCAUCCACACUUUUCUUCAAACAACAUCACCUCUAUAACCAUGUGGUGGAAGUUGAUGAAACUUGGCCUGGAUUAUCCUUGGAUGAUCUUUUUCCAAAACUGUUCAAACCAGUACUAUGCUUGUCUCACGGAGACCUUUGCAAUGAUAAGCCCAUAUUACUUCUAAAAUUUCAAAAAUUCAGUAUUGGCAAAACAUUUUGAACAGUUCUGUGCUUGUCUUGUCAAGACCUUUCCAAUGAUAUAUAACACUUGUAUAUUUUCUGACUUUCAUUUUUAGCUCCACUAUUCAGAGAAUAGUGGGGCCUAUUCUACUCGCCCAGGUAUCGGUGUCGAUGUGAGCUUUCUUGGUUAAAGUUUUUCAGCAACCUUUGUUAGCUCACCUGAGCAAUGCUCAGGUGAGUUUUUCUGAUCACUCAAUGUCCGGCGUCUGUCUGUCGUCUGUCUGUCUGUGCGUCAACAUUUCGCUUGUGUAUUCAAUAGAGGCUGUAUUUUUCAACUGAUCUUCAUGAAAUUUGGUCAGAAUGAUUACCUUGAUGAAAUCUAGGCCGAGUUCGAAAAUGGGUCAUCUGGGGUAAAAAACUAGGUCACUAGGUCAAAUCAAAGAAAAACUUUGUGUAUGCGAUAGAGGCUAUAUUUUUCAAUUGAUCUUCAUGUAUUUUGGUCAGAAUGAUAACCUUGAUGAAAGCUAGGCCAGUUCGAAAAUGGGUCAUCUGGGUUCAAAAACUAGGUCACUAGGUCAAAUCAAGGAAAAACCUUGUGUAUGCGAUAGAGGCUGUAUUUUUCAACUGAUCUUCAUGAAAUUUAGCCAGAAUGAUUACCUUGAUAAAAUCUAGGCCGAGUUUGAAAGUGGGUCAUCUGGGGUCAAAAACUAGGUCACUAGGUCAAAUCGAAGAAAACACAUUGUGUAUGCAAUAGAGGAUGUAGUUUUCAAUUGAUCUUCAUGAAAUUUGGUCAGAGUGAUUGCCUUGAUGAAAUCUAGGUCGAGUUUGAAUAUGGGUUAUCUGAGAUCAAAAACUAGGUCACUAGGUCAAAUUAAAGAAAAAUCUUGUGUAUGCGAUAGAGGCUGUUUUUUUCAAUUGAUUUUAUGAAAUUUGGUCAGGAUGAUUGCCUUAAUGAAAUCUAGGUCAAAUUUGAAUAUGGGUCAUCUGAGGUCAGAAACUAGGUCACUUGGUCAAAUCAAAGAAAAAACUUGUGUAUGUGAUAGAGGCUGUAUUUUUCAAUUGAUCUUCAUGAAUUUUGGUCAGAAUGAUUGCCUUGAUAAAAUCUAGGUCGAGUUUGAACAUGGGUCAUCUAGGGUCAAAAACUAGGUCAUAUCUAAGAAAAUGCUUGUUUUAUCGCAAGAGACCAAUUUUUUGGUCCAAUCUUAAUGAAAAUUGGUCAGAAUAUUUGUUUCCAUGAAAUCACUAGGUCAAACAUGUUUUACAGUGUUAUGGUGUGUUUCUUAGGUGAGCGACCUAGGGCCAUCUUGGCCCUCUUGUUAUAUCUUGGUGUAUCUUCAUUUUAAAGUACAGGUCUCUUAUUGAGAUAUAAAUUUAUUUUACUUGUUUGGCUUGGGAUCACUUAUAUGAGCUAAAAAUAGAAAAAUCUUCAAACAAUCCCCUAAACCACUAGUCUGAUUUUGAAAUAGUUUCACACAAAUGUUCCAUAUGUAGCCCUCUACCAAGAUUAUUCAAAUGAUAUUCACAGUGAGGAUGCGUACAAUGGAUAUUGCCAUUUUUUGAUAAGGUAUUUUCCCGAAAUGUUAUUGAUUUUUGUCAACAAGGUAAAUAAAAAUCCAAUUUACUACUCUACAACUAUAGAGAAAAUGGGUUUUAUUUUUAGUAACCAGCUACUGUGUAUAUGCUCUGGAUUUAAUUUUUAGUAACCAGCUACUGUGUAUAUGCUCUCACAAGCAUAAACUGAGUCAAUCUUAAGUAAGUAGAGACGAUAAAAUUUGUUAUAAAAUGACAGCUUUAUCAUUUGAUACAUGCGGGCCGGGGACAUAUUUCUCCUGAUAUCGUCAUGUAUUGUCUUGUGAUAAAAAUUCUGAAUCAUACAAUUUAUUAUGCCCCCCCUUCGAAGGAGGGGUAUAUUGUUUUGCAGAUGUCGGUCGGUCGGAUUAUGAAAGUUGAUAGGGAGGUUGGUAUGGACCAGCAGAUGACCCCUAUUAAUUUGAGAUUAGUAGGUCAAAGGUCAAGGUCACAGUGACCAGGAACAGGUAAACAGUUUCUGGACAAUAACUUGGGAAGGCUUGAGCCUGGGAUCACGAAACUUAAUAGGAAGGUUGAUCAUGACCCUAUUUAUUUUGAGGUCAGUAGAUCGAAGGUCCAGAUCAGAACGACCUGGAACAGUUAAACUGUUGCUGGACAAUUACUUGAGAACACUUGGGCCUAGGAUUACAAAAUCUAAUCCGGAGGUUAAUUAUGACCAGCAGAUGACCCCAAUUGAUUUUGAGAUAAGUAGGUCAAAGGUCAAGGUCACAUUGACCCAGAACAAGAUGAUAACUCGAGAAUGCUUGGGCAUAGGAUCAUGAAAGUUGAUAGGGAGGUUAGUCAUGAGCAGCAGAUGACCCCUAUUGAUCAUGAGAUCAGUAGGUCAAAGGUCAAGGUCACAGUAAACAGUUUCCAGACGAUAACUUGAGAAUGCCUUGGGGUAGGAUCUUGAAAUGUAAUAGGGAGGUUGAUCAUGAUCAGCAGAUUUACCCCUUAGUUCAGGGUCAAGUUCACAGUUACACGGAACAGAUUAAGCAUUUCCAGAUGAUAACUCAAGAACGCUUAGCCCUAAGGUCACAUUUGAUACAGAAGUCAUUCGUGACUCGUAAAAGACCCAUAAUUAUUGAUUUGAGGUCUGUGGGUCAAAUGUUCAGUGCACAGUGACCAAAUAAUUCCUGUUCCUUAUGCAGUUACUGAAUGCAUCAAGGGCCGCCUGGGCAGCAUUUGUGUUCUACAAGUUAGUUACAUACAAAGAAAACAUGUGCAAAAUUUCAGCUUUGCAAAUGUUCAAAUGUCAGAGAAAUGGGCGAUAAAUGAGCACUGACGAUGUACUGUAUAUUGAAAAUAUAUGUACUGUGUAUUGACCUGUAUCACAUUUUACUGUACUGUGUAAUGUUGAAAUUAUCAUUGAGUUUUAUAGAAUAAAUCUUACAAAAUAAAAGUACAAAUCAGUAAUGUCUUUAACCCAACCGUGUAGGUAUGUGAUGCUUUUACAUUGAUAUUUAUAACAUUUACUUUGUUGUAAUUUACAUAAUAAGCUCUAAAUCUUAACUCAUGCAACAAUGGGCAAUAAUUUUUGUUAUGCUUACCAGUUGUAAAGGUAUAUUCUAUUCUAAUGCUAUCUGAUGUUGGAAUUGUUUCAGUUGAUAUUACAUGAAUUGUCUGAAAAACAGUUAAAGGUAUCUUUUUAAAAUUGGCAUUGGUAUGUCACUACAGUGUUACUCUCAAUAUCUUGCAGAAAGCCCGUCCCUACUAAUAAAUUCUAUAAUAGUAUAUUGUGAUUUUUAUGCCCCCCUUCGAAGAAGGAGGAGUAUAUUGUUUUCCAGAUGUCGGUCGAUAUGUCUGUAGGUCCAUAGACCAAUCAGUUUCCGGAUGAUAACUCAAGAACACUUUGGCCUAGGUUCAUGAAAGUUUAAAGGAAGUUUGGUCAGGACCAGCAGAUGACCUCUAUCGAUUUUUAAAUCAGUAGGUGAAAGGUCAAGGUCACAGUGACCCGGAACAGUUAAAUGGUUUCCAGAUGAUAACUCGAGAACGCUUUGGCCUAGGAUCAUGAAAGUUGAUAGGGAGAUUGGUCAUGGCCAGCAGAUGACCCCUGUUGUAAUGGUUUAACUGUUUCAGGUCACUGACCUUGACCUUUGACCUACUAAUCUCAAAAUCAUUAGGGGUUAUCUGCUGGUCAUGACCAACCUCCCUAUCAACUUUCAUGAUCUUAGCCAAGCGUUCUUGAGUUAUCAACCGGAAACUGUUUAACUGUUCCGGGUCACUGUGACCUUAACUGUGACCUACUGGCCUUGAAAUCCAUUGGGGUCAUCUACCGGUCACAACCAACCUUCCUAUAAAGUUUCAUGAUCCUAGGCCAAAGCGUUCCUAAGUUAUCAACCAGGAAACAUUUAACUGUUCCGGGUCACUGUGAGCUUGACAUUCGGACCUCAGAAUCAAUAGUGGUCAUCUGUUGGUCAUGACCAACCUCCCUAUCAAUUUUCCUAGGCCACCGUGUUCUUAAGUUUUCAUCCAGAAACCAGUUGGUCUACAUACCGGACGACAGACAGACUGACAGACGGACCGACCAACAUCUGCAAAACGAUAUACCCCUCCUUCUUCGAAGGGGGUCAUAAAAAUGAGAAUUAGUCAAUCCUGAUUCCAGCUUGACAAAGAUAAUAUUCUGGGUGGAAUACAGAAAAUUUGAAUUCUGGUUAUUUUGUGAGACAGAAUAUUUUCACUUUAGAAAACCUUUGUUAGCUCACCUGAGCUUUUCUGAUCACUUGAUGUCCGGCGUCUGUCUGUCUGUCCGUCAACAUUUAGCUAGUGUAUGCGAUAGAGGCUGUAUUUUUCAACUGAUCUUCAUGAAAUUUGGUCAGAAUGAUUACCUUGAUGAAAUCUAGGCCGAGUUCGAAAAUGGGUCAUCUGGGGUCAAAAACUAGGUCACUAGGUCAAGUCAAAGAAAAACCUUGUGUAUGCGAUAGAGGCUGUAUUUUUCAAUUAAUCUUCAUGAAUUUUGGUCAGACUGAUUACCUUGAUGAAAUCUAGACCAAGUUCGAAAAUGGGUCAUCUGGUUUCAAAAACUAGGUCACUAGGUCAAAUCAAAGAAAAACCUUGUGUAUGCGAUAGAGGCUGUAUUUUUCAAUUAAUCUUCAUGAAUUUUGGUCAGAAUGAUAAUCUUGAUUAAAUCUAGGCCGAGUUUGAAAAUGGGUCAUCUGGGAUUAAAAACUAGGUCACUAGGUCAAACUAAAGAAAAACCUUGUGUAUGCGAUAGAGGCUGUAUUUUUCAAUUAAUCUUCAUGAAUUUUGGUCAGAAUGAUUGCCUUGAUGAAAUCUAGGUCAACUUUGAAUAUGGGUCAUCUGGGAUCAAAAAGUAGGUCAUUAGGUCAAAUCAAAGAAAAACCUUUUGUAUGCGAUAAAGGCUAUAUUUUUCAAUUGAGCUUCAUGAAAUUCAGUCAGAAUGAUUGCCUUGAUAAAAUCUUGGUCAAGUUUGAAUAUGGGUCAUCGUGGGUCAAAAAUUAGGUCACUAGGUCAAAUCAAAGAAAAACCUUGUGUAUGCGAUAGAGGCUGUAUUUUUAUGCCCCCCUUUGAAAAAGGAGGGGUAUAUUGUUUUGCAGAUGUUGGUCGGUAGGUCGGUCGGUCGCUCGGUCUGUCGGUCUGUUGGUCGGUUGGAAUGUAGACCUAUCAGUUUCCGGAUGAUAACUCAAGAACGCUUGGGCCUAGGAUCAUGAAAGUUGAUGGGGAGGUUGGUCAUCACCAGCAGAUGACCCCUAUUGAUUUUGAGGUCUGUAUGUCAAAGGUCAAGGUCACAGUGGCCCUGAAUAGUAAAACGGUUUCUGGAUGAUAACUCAAGAACACUUGGGCCUAGGAUCAUGAAAGUUGAUAGGGAGGUUGGUAACGACCAGCGGAUGACCCCUAUUGAUUUUGAGGUCAGUAUGUUAAAGGUCAAGGUCACAGUGACCCUGAACAGUAAAACGGUUUCCGGAUGAUAACUCAAGAACGCUUAGGCCUAGGGUCACAAAAGUUGAUAGUGAGGUUGGUCAUCACCAGCAGAUGACCCCUAUUGAUUUUGAGGUCUGUAUGUCAAAGGUCAAGGUCACAGUGACCCUGAAUAGUAAAACUGUUUCCGGAUGAUAACUCAAGAACACUUGGGCCUAGGAUCAUGAAAGUUGAUAAGGAGGUUGGUAAUGACCAGCGGAUGACCCCUAUUGAUUUUGAGGUUAGUAUGUUAAAGGUCAAGGUCACAAUGACCCUGAACAGUAAAACGCUUUCCGGAUGAUAACUCAAGAACGCUUAGGCCUAGGGUCACCAAAGUUGAUAAGGAGGUUGGUCAUGACCAGCAGGUGACCCCUAUUGAUUUUGAGGUCAGUAUGUCAAAGGUCAAGGUCACAGUGACCAGGAACAGUAAAAUGGUUUCCAGGCAAUAACUCAAGAACGCUUGGGCCUAGUGUCAAGAAAAUUGAUAGUUAGGUUGGCCAUGACCAGCAGAUGACCCCUAUUGAUUUUGAGGUCAUUAUGUCAGAGGUCAAGGUCACAUUGGCUAGGAACAGUUAAAUGGUUUCUGAUCUUCUUGUCCAAAACCAUAGGGCCUAGGGCUUUGAUAUUUGGUGUGUAGCAAAGUCUAGUGGUCCUCUACCAAGAUUGUUCAGAUUAUUUCCCUGGGGUCAAAUAUGGCCCCACCCCUAGGGUCACAAUGUUUAUAUAGACUUAUAUAGGAAAAAACUUUGAAAAACCUCUUGUCCAAAACCACAGGGCCUAGGGCUUUGAUAUUUUGUAUAUGACAUCAUCUAGUGGUCCUCUACUAAGAUUAUUCAAAUUAUUCCCAUAGGGUCAAAUAUGGCUCCGCCCUGGGGGUCACAUGGUUUACAUAUACUUAUAUAGGGAAAAACUUUGAAAAUCUUCUUGUCCAAACCACAAAGUCUGUGGCUUUGGUAUUUUGUAAUGUAGCAUCAUUUAGUGGUUCUCUACCAAGUUUGUUCAAGUUAUCCCUCUGGGGUCAAAUAUGGCUCUGCCUCAGAGGUCAAAUGGUUCAUAUAGACUUAUAUAGGGAAAAACUUAGAAUCUUCAUGUCCUUAACUUACAUCAUUUAAAUUUGGACCAUAUGCAUAGUUUUGAGUGGCAAGAUGAACCUUGACAUGAGUUUACCUUGAUCUUGACCUAGUGACCUACUUUCACAUUUCUCAAGCUACAGCCUUCAAAUUUGGACCACAUGUAUAGGUUUGUGUACUGAAAAAAACUUUGACCUUGUUAUUGACCUAGUGACCUACUGUCACAUUUUUUGAAGGUACAGGCUUCAAAUUUGGACCACAUGCAUAGUUUUUUGUUCCAAACUAAAAUUUGACCUUGAUUUAGACCUAGUGACCUACUUUCACAUUUCUCAAGCUACAGCCUUCAAAUUUGAACCACAAGCAUAGUUUUGUGUACUGAAAUGAACUUUAAUCUUGAGAUUGACCUAGUGACCUACUUUCACAUUUCUGAAGGUACAGCUUCAAAUUUGGACCACUUGCAUAGUUUCGUGUUCCGAAAUAAAAUUUGACCUUGAUUUUGACCAAGUGACCUACUUUCACAUUACUCAAGCUACAGCCUUCAAAUUUGAACCACAUGCAUAGUUUUGUGUACCGAAAUGAACUUUGAUCUUGAGAUUGACCUAGUGACCUUUUUUCACAUUUUUGAAGGUACAAACUUCAAAUUUGGACUGUAUGCAUAUUUUUGUGUUCUGAAUUGAAAUUUUACAUUGAUUUUUAUCUAUUACCUACUUUCACAUUUCUCAAGCUACAGCCUCCAGAUUUGAAGCACAUGCAUAGUUCUGUCUACCGAAAUGAACUUCACCUUGAAAUUGAUCUAGUGACCUGCUUUCACAUUUCUCAAGCCACAGCUUUCAAAUUUGGACCACAUACACAUUGUUUUGUACCUAAAUGAAAUUUGACCUUGAUUUUGACCUUGAGCUAGUCUGGAAAUUUGGAACAUUCAAAAAUGGCUCAGUGGAUGGCGCCAAGAUCAAUCUGUAAUCUCUUGUUAGGUUAAUAGGUUAAAGGUCAAGGUCAGAUUAAACCAGAAUGGUAAAAUUUUUGUUUACAGUGAGCAUAUAAUUUCUGUUCCUUGUGCAAUUACUGAAUGCAUCAAGGGGGGCAUUUCGUGUUCGACGAGCUCUUGUUCAAUUGAUCUUUAUGAAAUUUGGUCAGAAUUAUUGCGUUGGUAAAAUCUAGGUACAGUUUGGUUAUUGGUCAUCUGUGGUCAAAAACUAGGUCUCUAGGUCAAAUCAAAGAAAAACCUUGUGUAUGCAAUAGAGGCUGUAUUUUUCAAUUGAUCUUCAUGAAAUUUGGUCAGAAUGAUUGCCUUGAUGAAAUCUAGGUCAAGUUUGAAUAUGGGUCAUCUGGGGUCAAAAACUAGGUCACUAGGUCAAAUCAAAGGAAAAUCUUGUGUAUGUGAUAGAGGCUAUAUUUUUCAAUUGAUCUUCAUGAAAUUUGGUCAGAAUGAUUGCCUUGAUAAAAUCUAGGUCAAGUUCGAAUAUGGGUUAUCUGGGGUCAAAAACUAGGUCACUAGGUCAAAUAACAAAAAUACUUGUGUUUGCUCCGAUUUUAAUGAUACUUGGUCAAAAUAUUUUUUUUCAUGCAAUCACUAGGUCUAUGUUUACACUGUUAUGGUGUAUUAUGGUGUGUUUCUCAGGUGAGCGACCUAGGGCCAUCUUGGCCCUCUUGUAUUUUCUAUCCUGACUUUUAUAACUUAGAUUUUUUUUUCACAUGUGAUUUUAAAACUUAGUUACUAUACAGACCCUGAUUUGAUGAACUUAGAAAAAAUGAGACUCUGAACAUUUAAUUGGCUUAUCAAACUGGUAUUAUCUUUGUAUUAAAUUCAGUGUAAGUAUUAGUUAGUCAGUUUUUCAAUGAACAAUUCUGAUAGACAGAAAAAAAAAUACAUUAUCAGUGUAUAGUUGUAUGAUAUGUUUGCACAGGUGGAAAAUAGGUGGUAGUGUAUGCAGAAUGGGGAUCCCGUGCGAUAGGAAAAAAGAUUAAUGGAGACAUAUACCAAACUGUUAGACCAUGUCUGAAGGUCACAGAAAGACAUGUCGCCAGUCUGAGUUCCAUGACUGGACCGAUCUUUGACGUCAUCAAAAUGGCGCCAAAUUUGAAAAUAUAACUUUGCUAACCUCAUAAUUUACGUAAGUUGUGCAGCAAAAUUUCAUUUUAUUAUCUUUGAUUUUCCAUCCUAGAAUAUUUUUUGUCAGUGUACUAACAAUAUUGAAAUAUAUAAACAAAUAAUGUGAAAUAAUCAAAAUAUACCUUACCCCACCCAUUUUAUUUCAACAGAUUAUUUUCUUGUUGAAUAUACUUGUUUGGUAUAUUCUAUACCAUUAAAAUAUACGAGCAUCAUUAUAUUUCAA